AUGCACACAAUCAGUAUAGGUUCAGAGGAACUUGAGAUACAAAACUGGGGGAGUUGUGAACAUGAGCUGAACAGAUCCCUCCGUAUACUACGUGCCAUCGACCGUGAAUCCGAAGUGCCGGCUUGGAUACAAGCCAUAAGCUCUUUUGAGAGCUUCUGUACUGGAAAUAGUAGAGAAGCUCUCAAAAGAGCUUAUGGCUUGUAUCCAAACAGGCACGUCCAGAACCAGAAGCUAAAGAUUGGCAUCACAGGCUUCGGCAAAUUUGGGCAGUUCCUGGCUCGAACCUUGGUUCGACAGGGCCACACCGUCUUGGCCCAUUCCCGCUCCGACUACACCCACGUCGCACUCGAACUCGGCGUAACGUUCUUCGAAAAACCCCACGACCUCUGCGACGAACGCCCCGACUGUACCCAUCCCAUGUUUGGGCCACAAAGUGCAAAAGAUGGGUGGAGUGGUUUUCUUUUUGUUUUUGAUAAGGUUAGAAUAGGAACAGAUGAAGCAAGAACAUCACGAUGUGAUUGGUGUCUCAACAUUUUUUCUAGUGAAGGGUGUCAGCUUGUUGAAACGCCAUGUGCUGAACAUGAUCGACAAGCAGCUGGAUCGCAAUUUAUCACUCCCACUGUAGGAAGAAUUUUAGAAAAGCUGGAUUUUUUGGAGCCAACGAAAAUUGACACAAUAGGCUUUGAGUCUUUGUUGAAUUUAAUGGAUAACACUGUUAGAGACAGUUUUGAUCUCUACUUUGGUUUGUUCUUGUUUAAUAAAAACUCCAGGCAACAACUAGAAAGAUUCCAUCUAGCUUUUGAGUCAUUGCAGAAUCAGCUUUUUGAUCAUGUGCUUGAUAACUUAAAGCAAGUAUUAAAACUUGAAGAAGAAUCCCAUGAUUAGCCAGAGAGGUCUAUAUGUUGCCUGAGAGACAUGAAGAUGGUGCAGAAUUAUCUUUUUCUAAUAUUGUGGACACUAAAUGAAAUUGAUUUCCCAGA